CCCCUUUGGCCUGCCCUACGGAAGCCUGCGAGGGAGUGCGGCGUUCGCUGCGUAGUCCAGUUGCCCAGAUGCCCAGCGCCAGCGCCUGCCGCAAGAGUCAGGAGAAGCCGCGGGAGAUCAUGGACGCGGCGGAAGAUUAUGCAAAAGAAAGAUAUGGAGUAUCUUCAAUGAUACAAUCACAAGAAAAACCAGAUCGAGUUUUGGUUCGAAUUAGUGACUUGACAGUACAAAGAGCUGAUGAAGUUGUUUGGGUGCGUGCAAGGGUUCAUACAAGCAGAGCUAAAGGGAAGCAGUGCUUCUUAGUCCUACGUCAGCAGCAGUUUAAUGUCCAGGCUCUUGCAGCCGUGGGAGACCACGCAAGCAAGCAGAUGGUUAAAUUUGCUGCCAACAUUAACAAAGAGAGCAUCAUAGAUGUGGAAGGUGUUGUGAGAAAAGUGAAUCAGAAAAUUGGAAGCUGUACACAGCAAGAUGUAGAGUUACAUGUUCAAAAGAUUUAUGUGAUCAGUUCAGCUGAACCCCGCCUGCCCCUGCAGCUGGACGAUGCCGUUCGUCCUGAGGUGGAAGGAGAAGAGGAAGGAAGAGCUACUGUUAACCAAGAUACAAGAUUAGACAACAGAGUCAUUGAUCUUAGGACAUCAACUAGUCAGGCAGUCUUCCGUUUCCAGUCUGGCAUCUGCCACCUUUUCCGAGAAACUUUAAUUAACAAGGGUUUUGUGGAGAUCCAGACUCCUAAAAUCAUCUCAGCUGCCAGUGAAGGAGGAGCCAAUGUAUUUACUGUGUCAUAUUUUAAAAAUAAUGCAUACCUGGCUCAGUCUCCACAGCUGUACAAGCAAAUGUGUAUUUGUGCUGAUUUUGAGAAGGUUUUCUGUAUUGGACCAGUAUUCAGAGCUGAAGACUCUAAUACCCAUAGACAUCUAACUGAAUUUGUUGGUUUGGAUAUUGAAAUGGCUUUUAAUUACCAUUACCAUGAAGUUGUGGAAGAAAUUGCUGACACUUUAGUACAAAUAUUCAGAGGACUUCAAGAAAGGUUUCAAACUGAAAUUCAGACGGUGAAUAAACAGUUCCCAUGUGAGCCAUUCAAAUUUUUGGAGCCAACUUUAAGACUAGAGUAUUGUGAAGCAUUAGCUAUGCUUAGGGAAGCCGGAAUUGAAAUGGGAGAUGAAGAAGAUCUAAGUACACCAAAUGAAAAACUGUUGGGUCGUUUGGUAAAGGAAAAGUAUGAUACAGAUUUUUAUAUUCUUGAUAAAUAUCCAUUGGCUGUGAGACCUUUCUAUACCAUGCCUGACCCAAGAAAUCCUAAACUGUCCAACUCUUAUGAUAUGUUCAUGAGAGGAGAAGAAAUACUGUCAGGAGCUCAAAGAAUACAUGAUCCUCAGCUGCUAACAGAGAGAGCCUUACAUCAUGGAAUUGAUUUGGAGAAAAUUAAGGCAUACAUUGAUUCCUUCCGCUUUGGAGCCCCUCCUCAUGCUGGUGGAGGCAUUGGGUUGGAACGAGUGACUAUGCUGUUUUUGGGCUUGCACAAUGUUCGUCAGACCUCAAUGUUUCCCCGUGAUCCCAAACGACUUACUCCUUAAGGAAACUGUUGCUUUUUAUUCUUUCCAGUACCUGCUAUUAAUCAGGCUGUACCUUAGGUACUUAAAAUAUGCAAUAAAAUAAAUGUCUUAUCCAAAGUGCCACAAUUACCUUUGGACUAAUUCAGUAUAGGUUACUUUAAAAGAGAAGAUUUUUAUAACUUUGGACAUGCUUCAGUAGGAAAUGGUUGAACAUUUUAAUGAAAAAUUCAUAUUGUUAUGUUAAACGUUCAUAUAUUACAUUACUACAAUAAAUGUUAACAGCAAUUUUAAA